GCACAUAUGAACUGACCCGACAAGUAGUGUGGAUUGCAGCUAGUACAUCUGUCAUCUUGUUUGCUCCUGUGAUGUUUGAAUUAGAAAGGCUUAAUGUAGAGGAGAUGAUGAAACAGGAUAGAAAUAGGCUUGUAUUGGGUCCUGGAUCAGCCAUGUCAGGACCACCAGUUGCUCCAGGCCUUUUGCCUUCUCCUCCAACACGAUAAUUUGCCCGCUGAUAUGUGUCUUGAACCUCCAUCUGUAAGAGUUGUAUAAUUAUGAGGGUAUUCAUUUGUGUUACAUCAUAUCAGGUAGCAUAGUAAAGUGGGAUCAGUUUCACAAACUUGUUUAUAAAUAUGGUAAUUUGUGCAGUUUUUCAUUUCUGGCCAUAUGCAAAAUUGAGACCCUAUGAUGUCCAGGGUUAUGAUAUAUUUACAAAGUAUCCACAUACUGUACUGUAUCUAUAAUUCUGGCACCUCAUUUUUGUUCUGGGAGUUCAUCCUUACAUAUGUGAUGUGACUGAUGUAUAAAGUUCCCCAGAAAUCUCAUGUCUGUACAGUGCAUUGUUAUUAAAGUGUUUUCAAGGAACUGUCAUGAAUUUUUAUAACGAAUUCCUCAUGCUGUUUUGAUUUGUAACAAAUACAAAUGUGUAUAAUAUAAGAAAACUAUAAUUAUUAAGCAAAUGCAAGUGAGGUAAAGGGGAAAAAUUAUGAAAAGAUAAACUGGUACAAGUAAGAAGGAAAGACAAAGAAUGGGAGUCUACUUGAAGGGAGUUCCAGGAGUUGACACCCCUGCAACCUGGUUCAUGACAAGGACUUAUGGUGGAUCAAAGCCUGAUGAACCAGGCUGUUACUGCUGGCUACAUGCAAUCCGGUGCAUGAACGAAAGCCCAACUGGUCAGGUACUGACUGUGUCUCCAGUUCCCUCUUGAAGACAAUUAGAAGGUCUUAUCUUAAAAUAUAAUGUAUGCAAAUUUGAGACAUUAAGGCAAUGUAUUGUCCAUCAGGAGUUUGUUAAACCAAUGCAGUGGUCACUUGACCACUGAUAUUCAUCUGUUCCAAAACGCACAUAUCAAAACUAUUUUAACUCAGAUCCCAAGGGAAAUGGUUUUAUGGUAAUUCUUUCCAAGAUCUCAGAAGUACACCUUUUACUGUCCCUUGGACUUAAAUGCUCACAGGUAUAACUUGCAGCUACUGUAUUUCCCUUCCUCUGCUUCUCUUUCAUCCACAAUAACAACAGCCCGUCUCUGAUCAUUUUUCUGCCUUUUUCACUUCAAUAUUCUUUAUAAUUGAUUUUUGCUUGGUAAUGGUAGAGACGGUUGACUGUGGAAAACCAUACUUAUGCACCAAUGCACUAAUUCAAACUCCAUGUUUUCUUCACAAUUUUAUGCUUGAUCCUCAGAGAAAUUGCCUGUUUACUCUGCACUUUAGUGGCUAUGAUGACUUGGUAAAACAAAAGAGGGUGCAAUUAAAUCACAGAUGCAGUUAUGAAGUGUAAAUAAUCCAAAGUUGGUGUGGGCAACACACUCAGUAGUUUCAAACUGAAGAGGAAACGGUACACUGUAGUACAAAUGGUAUUACAGAAACAUUCAUUCCCAUUGCUGAUUGGCUGCUAACCCAUGCCUACACCCCCACUGAUGCUUCUAUUGGCUCAAAUGCUGCCCAAGAGGCAAGCUACGUCAUUGCUAAUUGACUGAGGCCCACCCAUGUAUGCCAGCCAUAGUAUGCAUAUCGUUUCUCAAAUUUUUUAUCAGCUAAAAACUGAAUUUCUUUGUGAGUGUAAAUCAGUAAAUCGUAACUCAGAUGAUCAUAACUGAAGCCCAUCAUAACUCAAGGGACCACUGUACAUACAUUACAUGGACACAGUGAAUAUAUAUAUAAGGGAAAAGGUUGGGGUGGCAGCAGUAGUAGUAGAGGUGGUGUCUUAAGUGGAUGCAUAAUUCGUGCUAGAAUCUCUUGAAAUAGUAAAACCGCUUUUGUGUAACAUUGUUGGGGACAGGUAUAAAGUUAAUCUCCAUGUGCUUGCAUCUCGUAUUUGGUUGAGCAAUGACCAUACUCAUCCUUCCAUCUUAUAAGGUGAUUGCUGUUCCAAGGUUGAACACUGGCUUUCAGGUUGUUGCAUCUACUGGCAUGUGUGUUUGCUCAGAUUUGUUUCAAGGGUUUGGAAUGUUCCUCCAAUGUAUGAUUUUUUGCAUCUGCAGGAAAUUGUGUAAACACCUAUGUGGACUUUCUGGGUGUGAGAUUUAGUUAGGGUGUGAGCCUGAAAUGCUAGCUGUGGUAGCAACUGUGAUGCUACUUUGAGCAGGUGCUGUGGAGAAAUUUUAGGCAGUUUAUAAUUAAGAAGGCUGUGAAUUUUCAGGAACUGGUGUUGCUGCAUGGAGAGUUUCAGAUGAUGAAAAUGCGUUUUUUGCAAUCUGUGAAAUGGAAAGUAACCAAGCUCGUAAAAUGUUUGGUGUAGGAAGGCAGAUUGUUAGUCCAGGUACUCUGGGCAGCAAAUGCAGAAGGUUCCUAGGAAAAAACCUGUUGGCAUGUCUUGUUUGGUUUUGGUGCCCCCACUGGAGUGAAUGAGAUUUUUUGUUAGUAGGUUUUCUGUGGACUUUGAAUCAUAGUGAGUUAUUGGCUUGUGUGAAGAUGUCAAGUAAGGGGAAAUUUAUUAUAAGUUUCCUCUUAGAAAUUUAAUUGAAGCCUCAACUAUCUUAAGCCUUUUUAUUUUGUAGCUCAUGGACAUAGUGUUUAGGGGAUAAGGACAUUAUGUAAUGCAUGGAUUUAGAGGUAAUGUUAUUGAAACAUUCUGCCUCUAAGUAGUCCAUGUGAAGAUUUACUAGUACAUCAUUGAUGGGGGUGACCCCAUGCUCAUCCUCUAUAUAUGUAUUGACUUCACAAAACCCCUGGUGGGAGAAACAUUGCCUUAAGAAAUAGCUUGAGAUGCAUAUGGGUCUCUUGCCUAACACUGUAGGUAUUACUGCCAGGAAUCAUCACAAUUAUUGAAAAUGCAAUAUGGAGGUUGAUUAAUGUAGCAAAUCAGUGAGGUUAGCCAGAAAAGAGAUCAAUCACUGGGAAAUGUGGGUGACCCCUUUUACUCCCCAUGGUAGUGUUUCCAUAGGCAACUUUGUCAGUAAGUUGAUCUACUUGUAUUAUAUAUUACUGAAAUUGAAAAAAAAAAUAGAUUGAUGUUUUUACAAUGUUAUCAUGUUUAAUUUUACAAUAAAUAACUCCAUGAAUACUUGACAUGUAUUCUUAGGUGUUUUUUUAACUUGUAAACAUGAGUAUGUAAUAGUACCAAACAAGCUUAUCUGAAAUGGAAAGAGCAAUGUAGAUAAUUUCCGAGCAGUCACGUUAGCUACUUAAAUUAUAAAUCAUAUAGUGUAAUAAAUGUUCAGGUAAAUAUCUUGAAUUUGAAUUUCUAGUAUUUUGUACAUAUGUUCAUAUGGUUACUAGGUAUUUUGCAAGGUUAUGUAUAGUAGGACUUUUGUAUUUAAAUAUAUUAGAACUUCAUUAAAAUAAUUUAUUAAACAAUUUUAGAUCAAAUGGGCCUGUGUUUUGUGCAGUCAUUAGAAUGAGGAAGAUGACACCUUGUACAACUUUGGAUGCUUAAGGAUAAUGUUGUUUGCCACUAUCUAGAUAGUUGCUGGUAUGUAAUGUAGAGCUACUCAUUUUUUAUUGUAUUUUGUGAUAUAGAAUUAUUUGUUGUAUAUUAUAAUAACUGCUGUUGACCAACUUUUGUGCAUCCUUCCAAAUAAAUUUUAUACUAAAAA